AUGGCCCAGUGGCCCGCGCCGCCGCCGCCGCCGCCCACUGCCUCCUCUAAGGGGCCCCCGGCGCGCAAGCUGCUCUUCAUGUGCACCCUGUCUCUGUCCGUCACCUACCUGUGCUACAGCCUCAUGAGCUGCUACAGUUCUCUGCAGUUCCCGCUGGCGCUGCAGGAGCCUCCCGGCGCCGGGGAGCCCUCGGGCGGCCCCCCUCCCAGCCCGCCGCUGCUGCCCUCCCUCCUGCCUCCCCGUGUCCAGCUCGGCCCCUCGCGCCCGCCGCCGCCGCCGUCGCUGCCGUCCCUGGGAGCGCUGGCCAACGCCAGCCGGAGGGAGCCACCGGACUCUCCCCAGGCCCCCGGGGACAACUGGGGACUGGGGAGUAGCGGCGGAGAGGGGGCAGCCAACCGGGACGCCUGGAUCCGGACCCCCCUGGCCCCCACCGAGAUGAUCACGGGGCAGAGCGGGCUCUUCGAGAGGGACGCCCAUGAGUCCAGCACCACGGACGAGGAGCUGAGCGGCCGGAGGGGGGGCAAUAGUACCAGUGGAGGCGGAGGGGAAAAGGGGGGCCCUGGCCCUGGCACCACUACUCCGGACUACGGAGAGAAGAAGCUACCGCAGGCACUGAUCAUCGGGGUGAAGAAAGGAGGGACCCGGGCUCUGCUGGAGGCGAUCCGAGUGCACCCAGACGUGCGGGCAGUGGGCGUGGAGCCGCACUUCUUCGACAGGAACUACGAGAAAGGGCUGGAGUGGUACAGAAAUGUAAUGCCCAAGACCCUGGAGGGGCAGAUAACUAUGGAGAAAACUCCAAGUUACUUUGUAACCAAUGAAGCUCCCAAACGCAUCCACUCCAUGGCUAAGGAUACCAAGCUGAUUGUGGUUGUGAGGAACCCUGUGACUCGGGCAAUCUCUGAUUAUACACAGACCCUGUCCAAGAAACCAGAGAUCCCAACCUUUGAAGUGCUGGCCUUCAAAAACCGGACCCUGGGGCUGAUUGAUGCCUCCUGGAGUGCCAUCCGCAUUGGGAUCUAUGCCCUGCACCUGGAAAAUUGGCUUCAGUAUUUCCCCCUGUCUCAGAUCCUGUUUGUCAGUGGUGAGAGGCUUAUUGUGGACCCUGCUGGGGAGAUGGCCAAAGUGCAGGAUUUCCUAGGCCUCAAACGGGUGGUGACUGAGAAACAUUUCUACUUCAACAAAACCAAGGGGUUCCCUUGUUUGAAGAAGCCAGAGGACAGCAGUGCCCCAAGGUGCUUGGGCAAAAGCAAGGGGCGGACUCACCCCAGGAUUGAUCCAGAUGUGAUCCACAGACUGCGGAAAUUUUACAGACCCUUCAAUGUUAUGUUUUACCAAAUGACAGGUCAAGAUUUCCAGUGGGAACAGGAGGAAAGUGACAAAUGAGGCUAGAAAUUCUGGGGAAAGCAAUCUGAUAGUUUGAGGUGAAUCACUGUCUGAGAUGUGAAACUCCCCAGAGGGCUUGUGGCCACAGCCUGGGAGCCAGGCAGCUCUCAACUGGUUGGUCAGGUUGCAGAGCUCCCGCCCCUGCAGAGCUGAAAACUUAAUGUCCAAGCAGCUAGGAGGUCUUCUUUUUGGGUCUCUCUCCCUUCAGUUCUCCCUCAACUCUGGUAUGUUCAUUAUCUAGUCAGAAGAGCUUGGGGAAGGAGUAAGUGGGAGAUUGCUUUCAGCACAGUCCCCAAAGGCAAACAACGUCUGCUUUUUACAGCCAGCACAUGAUUAACCUGACUCCAGCCAAGACCUAGCACCUUGGUCUUAGCUAGUAAAUGUCACUGGCCAGUAUAGUAUGAGGGCAAUCAAGAAGAUCCUUCCCCC